UAAGAAUUCUAUGUAAAACGCAAAUGUUUUGUAUAAGUUAAAUUAUUUCUCUAUUAAAAACAUAUAUUAUAUUUUGAAAUCGAAAGUGAAUUCUUUCACUUUAAAAGAAACCUGAAGAUAUCAUUGCAGAGAUGGCGGAAGAUUGGUUAUGGUUCCAAACUUGUGAUGAUGUGCAUACUCGACCUCAUAGGGGCCUUUACAGUCGUAACUAUCCCGUUCAGUGCGAAAAUACCUCCUUAGAGAUAUGCGCUAUUAUGAACUGUCUUGGGUAUGGAUGGGAGAUCAGACAGGCACGGAGAGACGCCUACAAAGAGCAUGAUAGGCUGAUGACUGCUAACGUUCAAACAAUGAUAGCAAUAACAGCGGGUAGCAAGGCAGAGGGACUGACAAGCUGUUUUGAAAGUGACUUAGAUCUAAUGCUUGUAAUGCUAGGCAGCAUGUGUUUAGAAGAUGGUGUUAAUUUUGACACAUUACCAAUGGAGACUAUAGUGUUAAUAUUAAAUACCGGGGUCUGCUACCACGGACACUGUAGGCUUAAUUUACUAUAUAGACGUGGUUCAAUAAUUCCAUGUUGCGUGUUAAAUGCUCUUUGUGAUGAUGGCAAUGGUGGUGUUCUCCUAAGCAGCACUUUGUUUCUUAAUUUUUUUGAUAAGAGGACAGAUCCACAAUUGGUUUACCAUGAACGUGCAGGGCCAUCAUUGCCGAGUUCAAAAGGGCCAUUGCAUAAAGACAUGGUCCAUUCUUUAUACUGUCACUGUCCUGGCAUACUAUUGAGAUGGGCAAAACGUAGUCGCCAUUGGCCACCACCGGAUAUUGUUCAUAAAGUCGUAACUAUGGGUGCAUUUGUUACACCUGUUGGUUUUAAAGGUAGCGAAUAUCAACAUGUUGAAUGGCGGAUUUGUUUUAAUACAGGAGAGAAUGAACUUGUGAGCAAUCUAAAUAACAUACAGGUUUACAUAUAUGUUAUAUUGAAAAUGGUGGUAAAGGAUGUCUUGAAGCCAGUCAAGAAAGAAAUCACAUCAUACACAGUGAAAAACAUUGUUUUGUGGCUUGCAGAGAACAAUCCACAAGCACUGUUCAAUGAAAGUAGCUUGUUUUAUUGGCUUCGGGAAGGACUUGGACAACUAAGAACGGCAAUAUUAAAUAUCCUUAUGCCAUAUUAUAUGAUACCAGAAAGGAAUCUAAUGGCAGCGUGCGGACUCAAUGAAGAACAAAAAAGUACUUGGGUAAAAUCGAUUACGGAUAUGAUUAGCGAAGGUCAGAAAAUAUUAUUUAGAUUGCCGAGGAUACGGAAGGCAAUAAUUUCGCAUCCAGAGCCCCUGUUAUGGUACAACAAGAAGAGAUUGGAGCUUGAACUGCUGGAGCUGUAUAGUAUGAAAACCCAAUUGCAACAAGGCAGAGAUGAGAAUCGUAAGCGUAACGAGUCAGAUCGUAUCUUGCAGGAGAUAACGAGACGUAUAACAAACAUAUCUGGAGAGGUCCGUGAUAGGAUGAACUGGGAAGGAAGUUGUGUUUUUGAUCUGGAUGAGAUAUUUACCAAGAUGUUGAUGUAAUGUCUGUAUUUUAAAAUUAACAUCGAACAUAGCAAUAAUUCAUUUUUUCAUAAUUUCCACAAUCUAGAACAGAUGCGUUUAUUCAUCAUGUUUUCAAUGCUUAUGAAUUCUUAAAUAUGAUGCAAAUAAUCGAGAAUUGUUAAUUUCAUAAGUUAAUAUUUCUUUGCAAAAGGCUCUUCAAACAGACAUAUUCGUGGCCCCAAUUAUGGAUAUGCAGGCAGUAAUCGCCUUUAACCAGUAUCCGAGCUGACUGUAGCUUUCAUUGGUAUUUUACGAAUCGUCUAUAAUCAGAUUGUGUAAAGGACAUAAUUAUCUGUAACACUAUUAAGACUUGAAACCAGUCUGUCGUUAUAAAUUCGAAGAAGUUAAUGGUAUUUAGAUCUGACCACAAAUAUCGUGGUAAAGAUUUGGUGAUGAACCAAAUGUCUCGCACACUUCAAAUGGGUAAUAUACUUACGUGUUGGACCAAUUUUGCCUCAUGACAAUUGUUUACAAGAUAAAUAUUGAUGCAAAGCAUCAAAGGGCGUCAGGAAUUUCAGUGUAAAAAGCACUCCAUGAAGUUACAUGGAACGAUUUUGUUCUACUGUAAAUAUUAAUAUAUUGGCCGAUUAUUUUAAACAAAAUAGAAAAAGAUACUGGUAUCACCAUUGUCUAUGAUUUUGUGUUAUAACCCCCAAAUAACCAUUAUUUAUGAUGUUGUGUUAUAACCACCAAAUAACCAUAUUUUAUGAUUUUGUGUUGUUACCCCCAAAUAAUUCAUAGUUCAUUUUAUUAACAUUGGUUUCCUUUUUUACUGGCAGUUUUCAUUAAUGGACCAGAACUGUGAAGGUAUUAAAAAAUCUGCUUCAUCUUGUAAGCGUAAUUUCAUAUUUUUCUUAACUUCAAGGGGAGAUGAUUCUGAACUUAUUCUUACUUUGCUCAUUUACGAUAGGGGUUGAGUACUCAUUGAUAUGAAAACACUGUAAAAGUUUGAGAAAAAAAGAGAAUGGAAACUGUUUAUUGCAUAUACAAUACACAUAUCACAAUACUUUGAAAUUUAGUCAAAGAUCAUAAAAGAUUUAUUGAUCCGAUAUUCAUCAUUUUCAAUAGGGUUCGAGUAAUACUGAUAUAAAAACAGUUAACAAGUUUGGAAAGAUUCAGGCGAAAGUUGUGAAAUCUUUAAAACAAGUGGAAAUUGUUUAUUUUGUCAAAUUUAAUAGAAAAAAAUUCUGGACUUAUUGUCCCGAUGUUUCUCAUUUGAAAUGAGGUAAAAAUGCUCAUUGAUAUGAAGACACUGUAAGUUUGGAAAGAAUCUGAUGAAAAAUGUUGACAUAAUCACGUAACCAAGCAGUUGAUAAAAAACCUGUGCAAGUUUGAUAACAAUCGGAUGAAAAUUUUGGACUUCGAACAAGGAUUUCAAAGUUUCUCAAAUUCUAAGGAAGAUAACUAUGGACGUAAUCGUCGGAUAAUGCUAAAGAACCCAUACCACCUGAAUAGUAAUACGUGUCGCGCUUCGCGCUCUAUAUGUGGUUCUUAAAAAAACUCCGAGGAGUGCUUGACUCUAGGGAAACGGGUUGCUGGGACACAGCUCCUCCUUGAUAAGCGGCUGCUUCCUUUAUCGCAACUCAUUGUUACAAUGAAUAAUACGUGUCGCGCUUCGCGCUCUAUAUAUGGUAGGGAUAGUUCUUAGAGCCUAUGAUAGACAACCAUACAAAUACAUGGAUAAUAAAUGUGUUGUUUGCAUUUAUUUGUUAAUAGAAACACACGUGUAUUUCAUCAAGAUAUUUCAGUGAUGUAAGACAUUUUAAUUAACGUUGUCACCACGUUGCAUCCAUUAAUUUUAAUAAAGAUGUCCAAUUGUAGUAAAAUGGAUUUUAAAAUGUCUAUAUAAAAUAAAGCUUUAUUAUAUUUAUUAACCUGACUGAAAAAAGUGUCAGCCGCUGAACUGUUCCGUUCGUGCCGGAACCCGGGAUUGAACCGGGGGCCUUUAGAUGACUGUUGCGUAAACAUCUUCAGUCUAUCGCUCUCCCAACUGAGCUAUUCCGGCUGACAUUCACUUAUGUACUGCUAUUUGGUGAAGUUGUGUAUAGCAGUCGUUAUUUUAUGUCUAUUAAUAAACUAAUACAUUGUACGUUUUCCUAACACUUCGCCUUCCAAUAAACUUGCUUGCGCGAUAGGUCGUCAAAUAUCGUACUACAUUGAUUCUCCACUAAAUAAGCAAAUAAGUAAAACCACAAAAUAAAUAUAUUUUGAUUAUGUUUUGUUUUUAUACAAAACAUUAUUUGUUUUAUACAAAACCAGAAAGUUUCGCGCAAAUGCCCAGUCCCUGUGAUCAGUUGUGGAUCAGUUACAAAUUAACACAAUUAGCUUUGCAUUAUUGGCAAUACAUGUUGUGAUAAAUGUAAUAGGCACAAAUGUAGUACUUAUUUACACUAAAUUACACAAAAAAUCACCACUAUGCAAGAAAUUCUUAAAACAAAAAUAUAUCAAUUGAUCCGUAAAAUAACUUCUCCUCCCAUAAGCGAAAAAAAUACAUUACAUACUAGUCGCCGCACUCCAGUGCGCCGCCAAUCAAUAAGCUAUUUUGAUGUUAAUGGUAAAAUUGAUACAUAUGCCUGCUAGGAAUGUGUACCUUGUGUGCUUUUGUAAUA